AUGUUAAUUGUGAUACUUGGAUUUGCACAUACAAUGUUCGUAUUACUCAGAGAACCCACGAAUAUUAAAACUAAAGACUCUACAUAUAGUGGAAAAGCCACAAAUUCUUUAACAAAUGAAACACUUGACAUUGAACUUAAAUCAGAUUUUGAUCCCACAUCUAGUGAUAAUCCGUUUACAUCUUUUUUUACAGCAAUAGAGGCUACAUAUUUUUGGAUUAAUGGUGAUUGGGUUCAAAGGGAUGAAUUUGAUUUCUGGGUUAUUGGUGUAUAUACUUUUAUUGCUAGUUUAUUCCUUGUAAUUGUUUUAAAAAAUAUCUUAAUUGCUUUUAUGAGUGGUGCAUAUGAAAAAGCAGAAGCUAAUGAUAAACAAACUUUAUUAAGAAAUCGAGCAAAUUACAUAGCAGAUUAUGAAGCAUUGUAUCAUAUUAAUUUUCGAAAUCCUGAGCCUGAACUGAAUUAUAUUUGUUACUUUUGUCAAGCUAAAUAUUUUGAAGAAUGGUAUAAUACAAGAAAUGUUGACGAUAAGAGCGCUAUUUAUGAAGGUUUUGAAGAAAUAUCUAUAUUUACAAGACGUAUUUACAAGGAAAUGGAUUAUGAUAUAUUUUCAAUUCUGAAAUAUUGGAAUAAUAAAACUAUUAAAAUUAUUGAAGUUUUUAAAAAUGUAAGUAAUGACUUUAGCGAUAAUAUUGAAUAUUUAAAAAGAAAUGAAGGCAAAAGUUCAACUAAUGAAUUUGAAGAAAUUUAUGAAGUCAAAAAUACGUUAGAAAUUGAAGUUAAAAAAUUUCAACUUAAACUAGAAAAAUUGGAGAAAUUAUUAUUGUAA